CAGUCUGAAAUGAUAAAUAAAAUGGUGGGAGUUUUAAUAAAGCGAAUAUGAAGCCGUUCACCUCCCGUGCAGCAGGUGGCAGCAUUUACCCCUCUUUGUUAUUAAGUCUACACAAUCGAAGAAGAAGUGGAUACGGAAGUCCGACCACAACUGACUUUUUAUGUUCUCAACUCAGUAGCUGGCGGGGUCACUAAAUGUCAGUUAGAAACAGUUAACAACAAUUGAGGAGCUCGUUACUCACACUUUGUCUUUUACGAAAGGAGCAGGCCGUUAUGGACGCGUGGGUCCGCUUCUCUGCGCAGAGUCAGGCCAAGGAGCGAGUGUUCAGUUUGCUAGCAUCCUGUGUACCAGAGUGAUUAUGGAGCAGGCUAAUGACAGUGUGUCUACGUGUGUGUCCUGACAGGACGGCACAGUACGCCUGCACUCUCCUCGGUUACACCCUGCAGAAAAGUGGAGCAUCAACCGAACUUAGAAAAACCGUCAGUCACCUGGAAGCGCACAUGAGCCUGACCAGAAAAUUGAUGCGUUUGGGAAACUCAGUGGAGGCGCUUGAAGCUGCCAAAAGGGCCAUCCACCUGUCCGACAGCGUACUGAGGCUCUGUCUGACCCUCGGCCACUUGAACAAAGCCAUGUACUUUGCCUGUGACAAUGUCCUCUGGGCUGGGAAGACGGGCCUCGUCUCCAAACUGGAUCAACACAAAUGGAGUCAGAGGUCUUUUAGAUACUACCUCUUCGCCCUGAUCCUCAACCUGACUCGAGAUGUGUACGAGCUGCGGCUGCUCAUGGAAAGCGAAGCCCGAUACAGAGCCAGCAAAUCCCCACCCUCGUCCUCCGGCUCCCUGCCGGAUGAGCACCUGUCUUCUGCCUCUGCUCCGGGCGCUGUGGCGUUGCCCAUCGUGUCAUUUUGGCUCCGCAGACAGCUCCACCUACUUGUGACUGUGCUGUACAACAACCCGCCGCUGCUCCUGGACCUGCUGAAGAACAGCUGCGACAUCUUCAUUCCACUGGACCGGCUGGGGAUUUACCCCACAGGAUCAGGCUUUGUGGGGGCGUGUGGCCUGACCUCCUCGGUCCUCUCCAUCCUCACUAUGAUUCACCCCUGGCUCAAACUGAAGCCGUGAGAAGCGAAGAACGGACGCUUGACACAAAGAUCGCCUAUAACAUUUACAUUUUCUAAAAGAUGAACUGACUUUGUUUCAUAGAUCGACGUGCUGAACAGGACAGUUCAGAGUGUAGGAAGUACUGGAGCGAUCGAGGCUCAGAUCAGGAACCGGCCUGAGACAUGGACACCUGGUGUGACUCAGACCCUGACUCACGCCCCACUAAUAUUUUAGGACAAAUGUCAAGUUACACAAACUUGAAUGAGUCAUUUUCAAAUUUGUAACUCUACGUCAGGGGUGUCAAACAUAGGUCCCGCGGGCCAAAACCGGCCUACUAGGGUGUUGAAUUCGGCCCGUAUGAUGAAAUUUUAAAAAUGCAAAAAAGAUAUACACAAACAUUUAAUGUUCAUUUUAUUAAAUAUAAAUAAGAAAUAUCUAAUAUACUGUACGUAUUUGCAUGAAAACAAAAGGGAAAAACAUACAUACGAUGUUAUUUAGAGUUAAUUAUUUUAUGAUUGUACUGGUCCGGCCCGCUUGACAGCUAAUCAGGUUGUCUGAUGUAUGUGGCCCCUGAACCAAAAUGAGUUUGACACCCCUGCUCUACGCGUUAGCCCUCGUAAGCGCUAAUGAAAAGCACAGCAUGGAGAAUAGAGCAGUAUUCAUUAGCUAACCUGAUCAUACUUGUUCCAACAAUUAACUGCAUUUAAUUGUUAUCAAAAGUAGCAGCUGUUUAGUUUGUUUACUGUAAGCUUGUAUAAAGACAUAAUCCAACAUGGCCACCUCUAGAGAGCAGACCUGAUCCUAAUGUUAAAAAAACACAAAACAGUUUAUUUUGUGGAACUGAUGAC